AUUCAUCUAUAAAUAGAUAACAUUACACACAACAAACCAUGCAUAGAAGAGGCUUAGAAAUCAAUCAUGGUUCCAUUUGUGUAUGUUCUCGUCUUCUUAUCCAUAUUCUUAUCUCUUGUUAGAUUUAUGAAUCCACCUUCCACCAAGAAAAACCUACCACCUUCACCACCAAAACUUCCUGUGAUUGGCAACCUCCACCAGAUUGGCCCACUCCUCCAUCACUCCCUCCAUUCGUUAUCCGAAAACUACGGUGGACCGCUCAUGCUCAUCCAACUGGGCUGCGUCCCAACCCUUGUCGUCUCAUCAGCUGACGCAGCCCGUGAAAUAAUGAAAACCAAAGAUAUUGUCUUUGCCAAUAGACCCGACGUCAAAGUGUGGCGCCGACUCCUUUGCGAGUUGAAAGAAGUCUCGGCGGCGCCUUAUGGUGAGUAUUGGCGGCAGGUCAAAAGCAUUAUGGUUCUUCAUUUAUUGAGCAAUAGAAAGAUCGAAGAUCAUCGUCAGAUUAGGGAAGAAGAGAUCGCCAUUGCUAUUGACAAAAUCAUGAAAUCUCGGGUGGUGAAUUUGAGUGAUUUGUUUGUGAGGUUUACCAAUGAUGUGGUGUGUAGGGUGACGUUUGGGCAGACGUAUAGUGAGGGGGAGAGUGGGAGGAAGUUUAGAAAGAUGUUGGAGGAGUUCUUUGAGGUGCUCGGUGGGCUUAACAUAGAGGAUCUUAUUCCUUGGCUUGCAUGGGUUGACCGAUUGAGAGGGUACCAUGCUAAAGUCGAAAGGGUUGCUAGAGAGAUGGAUGAGUUCUUGGAUGGUGUGGUGGAGGAGCGACUGAGGGAUCAAUCGAAGGCGGGUGGCCGAGAAAACUACCUUGAUGUACUGAUUAGGAUCCAAAAAGAAGAUAAGAUAGGGGUGGCCCUUGACAGACUUGCCAUCAAAGCACUCCUCUUGGAUGCUUAUACUGCUGGAACUGAUACAACGGCGACAGUAUUAGAAUGGACAUUUACCGAACUUCUAAAACACCCUAAGGCUUUAAAGAAAGCACAAGAUGAAGUAAGGAUGGUUUUAAAGGGUAAGAAAGAAAUAAGCCAAGAAGAUAUUGAUAACCUAAAGUACUUGAAAGCUGUGUUAAAAGAAACUCUUCGUCUUCAUCCACCCAUACCAACUCUAGUUCCUCGAGUUGCGAGCCAUGAUGUCAAAGUCUUGGGAUUUGACAUUACGAAAGGAACUAGGGUUAUCGUUAAUGCGUGGGCUAUUGCAAGAGAUCCCAAAGUGUGGGAUGAUGCAAAUGAAUUUCGUCCUGAGAGGUUUUUAGAUUGUAACAUUGAUUUCAAAGGGCGGGAUUUUGAUUUGAUUCCAUUUGGUGCCGGAAGGAGGGGAUGCCCAGGGAUUGCUUUUGCGAUGGCAACAAAUGAGAAUUUGUUGGCUAACCUUUUGCAUAAGUUUAACUGGGAGUUACCUAAUGGAGGGAAGGUCGAUGAUCUUGAUAUGAGUGAACAACCUGGCUUAACGAUUCGCAAAAAAGUUCCACUUUUUGUUGUUGCGACACCAGUUUCUUCUUAAUUCGUAUAUCUUUAAGUAAAAAUGAUAUGUUUUCAUGUCAUAUUAAGCAUUUCAAUUCAUCAUCUAAUUAAGUGUCACAACUCCUUAUCAUAUUUGUAUUACCAAAUGUAGUUGAAGUCAUUUACAACAUUAAUAUCCCAUCACCAUGUCCUACUCUAUAAUUUAACUUGAUAUUGUUAUGAAUGCUACCAUUUUAUGGCCCAACCCAAUGUUUAUGGGCUUUAGGCUUUUAGGGAUUCUAUUGUACUAGUUUAUAUAUACUAUGUAUAUGUCUGAUGAAUGAGGAGAUUAAAUCAAUUUUCUCCCUA